AUGGCAAACAAUAUUGUCCCAACAUAUAAUGGUGAUUCUAAAGAUUUAGCUUAUUUCCUGAGACAGUCUGAAAAAUACAUAGAUUUAUUAAAAACCGACAAUAAUAACUUAUUCAACUCUCUUUUGUUGGAGCAAGUGAAAUCUAAAUUUUCAGGUCCAGCAAGAGACAUAAUUAUUAAUAGAUCUUUUGAUAAUUGGCCCGAUCUAAAAAUAGCUCUUGUCACUCGUUUUGGCGAUCCUAGGUCAGAAGAAAUAUUAGCAUACGAUUUGAAUACAUCUAUCCAAUCACAUCCCCAAUCAUUCUCCGAAUUUCACGACGAGAUCUCUCAAAAACUGCAAGUCCUUAAAGAGCACCUAGCUAUAAAUUCUGAUAGUCAGGAAGUUAGAGUAUUCAAAUAA